GUGUGUGUUUGGAAAAUCUUUUGUGUUAUUUGUUUCAAAUUUUCUAUUUAAUUCCAUGAGAAACAAUACGUUUUAAAAUGUUUAAAAUUAAUAACAAUUAAAUUUGUCUUUGUAAUAAAUGAUCAAUGUUGUAAAGUCCACGAAUCAAUAAUCUAAAGAACAGCUAAAACUUGAAUCCUUGAAGAAAACGGCUGCAAAAGACUUGUACAGUCUGGCCUCGACAAAAUGUCCAACAGCAUAUUUGCCCAUACAAGAGAGGCAGUACGUGUAAAAGUGAAGAAAUGUGAACCCAACCUACCACCAGAAUGGCGAAAAUUUAGCGUAGAUCCACAAAUCACUUCACUGGAAGUUUUGUACUCCCUAUUGGCUAAAGCAUUCGAUAUCAAGUCAGACUUUUCCAUUAAAUAUAAAGCGUAUGAUCCAGCUGGUAAUGAGAUUUACUUGGCCGUCUUGUCGGACUGGGAUCUCGAUGCAGCAUUUUUAAGGAUUCACAAUAUUUCUAUACAGACCUCAACUGAACCAUGUCUAAUGCUGCAAAUUGAUAUUAAACCAUUCACGGAGGUUAAAGAAUGGGAUCCUGAUGUGGUAAACAGUCCCUCAGCGGCUUUGAUUGUGACGAACAGUGCCGGUGCUACACCCACUGGCUCAACAGCCCGUGAAUUGAUAUCUCCCUUACAACAAUCAUUGGGAGUUUCCCAAAAGUAUGUGCAACAAAUGCAAACUAAAUUACCUGGUAUCAUUAUGAAUCAAAUGGAGAAAACGUUCUCAAUGGUACAAAAGGCAUUCAAUUUGAAUGAGGAGACAAUGGCAGCAUUGCCGCCAAGACCGCCUCUCGCCGACAAUGAGUUUCGCAUGUUUCUCGAUGCUUUGGGACAGAUACAACGUUGCGAUGAGUUGCGUAAAGUAAUAUUUUUUGGUGGUAUAGAUCCCAGUCUGCGACGGGUAGUUUGGAAACAUAUUCUCAAUGUUUAUCCGAAUGUAAUGAAUGGUCAUCAACGUAUGGAUUAUAUGCGUCGUAAAUCGGAGCAAUAUUAUAAAUUGCGUGAAACUUGGAAGACGGCUAUAAAACAAGGAUAUGUAGCUGGCGAAUUGGCAUAUGUAACGAGCAUGGUUAAGAAGGAUGUCUUGCGUACUGAUCGUUUACAUCCAUUCUAUGCUGGCAGUGAUGACAAUCAGAAUAUAGCAGCGCUUUUCAAUAUACUCACAACUUAUGCUCUUAAUCAUCCAUCCGUCAGCUACUGUCAGGGCAUGUCUGAUAUUGCAUCGCCUUUGCUGGUCACCAUGAACGACGAAGCUCAGGCGUACAUAUGUUUUUGUGCUAUUAUGAGUCGAGUGCGUGGAAACUUUAUGCUUGAUGGUAUUGCAAUGACACAGAAAUUUGCACAUCUCACAGAAGCUUUAAGUUAUUAUGACGCUGAAUUUUGGGAUUAUUUAAAGGCACAGCAAGCAGAUGAUUUACUAUUUUGCUAUCGAUGGCUAUUACUGGAGCUAAAGCGGGAAUUUCCAUUUGAGGAUGCUUUGCGAAUGUUGGAAGUACAAUGGAGUUCUCUCAAAUAUGAGACAAAUAUUGCUGGUGAUCGUGAGGAAUUGAAAUUAUUUGAAAAAGAGUUUGUUCCAAACAAGGAUACUGCAGUGUCAACUGGUGUAUCAGGUGGUAUUCCAACGCCCUCGAGCGUUGUGUGUGCCAAUGGCGCAACGCCCAUUAGCCCUUCGUUCUUAAUGGCAAAGCCAAGAGAAAAUGCUUACACAAAGGUAUGUGCUUUAAGGCGUCAAAGUUCAUCGGCUUCACUAAAUUCGCUAAGUUCUUCGUUGAGUACUAGUGCAAAUCAUGUGGGUUGCGGAGGUGUUCUAAAUUCCAAAUUGGAUGGGACAAAACGUCUUAAUCAAAGUUUGGAUGACAAUAUAACACGCCACGCUACACGACGUCAACGUAGAGCUUCUUCAAAAGCACAUCAAUCCCUAGAUGAAACGAAAAUGCUGCAACUACUAGAAGGUAGAGUAGAAAAUGCAGUUGGUUCUAUUAAUAAUGAUCAUACUGAUGACGAUGAUGACGUUUUUUCUGAUGCAAAUCAUUUCAACUUUCACGAUACCAACCCAUUCAAGGAUAAUGAUGAAGAUCACUUAACGAAUGCAAAUCAAGAAAAGCAAAUUCCUAAAGCAUUCCUAAGCAGUUCAUCUUCUUCGCUACACGGUGAUGAUACAACAUCGUCUACAGCCACAGGAUAUGGUAAUGGUGGAGGUAGUAGUGCCGAUAUCGAUGGCAGCAUUGACAGCAGUAGUGAAGGUAACAGUCCUGACAACAAAAAUAACCAAAUGCCCAAAGGAAUCGCAAAGUUACAAAACAAAAAUAUUCUAUCCAACUAUAACUCUGUAAGUAAUAUAAUUGCAAAACAACUAGCGACGAAUGUUAGCGAAGGAGUUAAGCGGGUAAGCAACACAGGCGGCGGACAUUUCAGAGAUCUCAAAGAGAAAAUAGCGGCCACAAGUAGAAAAGGUCUAAGUCUAGACGAAUGCAACGAAAAAUCCCAACAAAAGCUGGUAAAAAAUUUCAAUGAAUUCCUUAAUUUUGCUUCAUUAAACAAAAGUCGUGUGGCUAAUGCCGAAAAAAUUAGUGCCACCAUAUUAACUGCUGAUGGUAUAUCAAGAGCGGCAACUAAAUCUAAAACGCCUUCUCCAACACACAAUCAAGUCUCUCCAAUACAAACUCUACACCCUCUGGUACAAUUAACGAAAGGUAGUUUUGCUUCUUCGGUAGAUUCGGAUUCGUCAUCGUUGCCCGAUACAACAAAUAACACCUGGAGCUGUUCAACAGCAGCCACAGCAAUACAGCAAGCAAAUAAUUUAAGUAGUAAUAGUUUACAACUGGAGUUCAAUUCUCAACUCUCCUCACUUACGCACACCCCAGAACGUACACCAGUUGCAGAACGCCAAAGAGAUCAUUCUACGCCAAAUGCAACCAGCAAACAUCAAGAUCAAGGAGAUUCUAGUACCACGCCAGAUGACAGCCAAGACUUGGAUUACUAUCCCAUGACAACAGCCAUCACCCGUGAACUGCGUUUGGAAGCCGAAAAUUUAGACCGUCAAUUAUUUGGAGAUUUAAUUGCAAUGACGGAUGAGGAGGAUGGUAAGAAGGAUUCUACGGGUAGUGAAAUUGAAUACGAAAAACUGGGUAAAGAUUCACUUGACAUGGUGGAAGAUUUAAAGGAAAAUGAAAUAAUUACAUGUCCCGAAGUCAGUGAACUCAUGAUGAGACGACGUCAACGUGAUAGAAAGAUGGCGGCCAAAACUGAAGAAUCCAACUCCAAACACUUACUGAAUGGAGAGAUUGAUAGUAAUUUGAAUAUACGUGAUGACAACAUUGAACGUGAAGAGCAAACGAAAAACAAUGUGGUGGAUGUUUUGAAAUUAAAUCCAUUUUUGGAUGAAACUCUGCUGAGGAACGAAAUAUUAUCGACAACAGAGAAGACCAGUGGUGUUGGUAGUAGUAGUAGUUGCAGCAAUUUAUAUAAUAUAGCUACAAAUUCAACAUCCCUGCCGGAAGUAUUGGUGCCAAUAUCAUCAACAGAUACUCCAGACGCAACAGCAAUAGAUGAAAUGGCAACAACAGCUGCCGAAGAAGAAGUUACUUUUUCGACAAAAGCCGCACAAUUCUCCAAUACCAGCACGAACACUUCCACACCCCGGCUACCACCUCCAUCAGAAUUUGGUGGAGGCAAUCCCUUUUUAAUGUUCUUAUGUCUCACUCUCCUGUUGCAGCAUCGUAAUACCAUUAUGAAAAGUAACAUGGAUUACAAUGAAAUUGCAAUGCAUUUUGACAAAAUGGUGCGCAAACACGAUGUAACCAGAGUUUUAAAUCAAGCCAGACGCAUGUAUAUCGAUUAUUUGAAAAAUCAAACCACAUACAAUCCUCAACAAAAACAACAGCAGCCAAAGCAGGAACAACAAACAACUAGCCCAUGUAAUUCAACAAAUGAUGUUAAUCGAAAUGCCACCGCAUCCACCACUCAACAUCAAAAACAUUCCAAAAACAAUUAUCAUCAUCCUCUCAGUACAUCCUCUGCCACGAAUUCAUCCACCUCACCAUCAUUAUUUUUUACCAAGUCAUCAUAAGACAUUCCAGGUGGAAUUGUUAUGAAUGACCAAAAAUAAAAACACCAAAGAUUUUUUGAAAAUUUAAAAAGCCUGUGUGUUUUUCAAUCUAACUUUUGAGAUUAAACAACAACUUAUUUUGAUUUUAUAUUCUAAUAACAAUUACGAAUUUUUCAUUUACAUGUGUACUUAAAAUUGAGGUAUUCCUUUCAGAUUGUUUCUAUAUACGUAUAUAUAUAUUUAAUUAGUUUAGUAUUGUAAUAUUUGUGUUCGUUUUUAAACGUUUUGUAUCUCAUUUUAAUGUAUUCCUCUAUUAAAUAUAAAAACAACAAAUAUAUGUAUAAGAUUAAGCUAUAAUUCUUUAACUUAAUACUGAUUCUUAAACACUCAAUAAAAACAUUUAAUGGCAGCAACUAAGCAAAAAGAGAACAAAAAGAAAAAUCUCCAUGAGAAUUCCUCCUCACUUACUUUAUAUAAGAAUUUAUUAUAAAAUGUAUGUGUAAAUUAUGUAAAACGGAAAUUCUAAUUCAAAAUAAAAUUUAAGAUGAAAUUCA